AUGCGCUUGUGCCUCAUGGCGUCUCAGGGAGCGCGGGCCCUGGAGUGCUACAGCUGCGUGCAGAAAGCAGAUGACGGAUGCUCUCCGCAGAAGACCAAGACCGUGAAGUGCGCGCCGGGCGUGGACGUCUGCACAGAGGCCGUGGGGGCGGUGGAGACCAUCCACGGGCAGUUCUCGGUGGCAGUGCGGGGCUGCGGGUCCGGACUCCCGGGCAAGAAUGACCGCGGACUGGAUCUUCACGGGCUUCUGGCCUUUAUGCAGCUGCAGCAAUGCGCCCAGGACCGCUGCAACGCCAAACUCAACCUCACGUCGCGAGCGCUCAACCCCGCAGGCAAUGAGAGUGCGUACCCGUCCAACGGUGCCGAGUGUUACAGCUGCGUGGGGCUGAGCCACGAGGCGUGCCGGGGCACGGCUCCACCUGUCGUGAGCUGCUACAACGCCAGUGAGCGCGUCUACAAGGGCUGUUUCGACGGUAACGUCACCUUGACGGCAGCUAAUGUGACUGUAUCCUUGCCUGUGCGGGGUUGUGUCCAGGACGAGUUCUGCACGCGGGAUGCGGUGACAGGCCCAGGGUUCACACUCAGUGGCUCCUGCUGCCAGGGGUCCCGCUGUAACUCGGACCUCCACAACAAGACCUUUUUCUCCCCUCGGAUCCCACCCCUUGUCCUGCUGCCCCCUCCUAAGCCCACCACUCAGGCCCCAACCACCUCUGUCACAACCUCUGCUCCAGCAGCAACCACUCUUGUCUCUGCCACUAAACCCACCACGGCCAGCCAGACUUCCCCACGGGAAGUACAUCCUGAGACCUCUCAGAAAGAGGAAUCUAGCUUGGCUGGAGGUGCCGCUGGCCACCAGGACCGCAGGAAUAUGGGACAGCACCCUACAGGAGGGGGGGCCCAUAAUAAAGGCUCUUCAACUUCCUCGGCUGGGUUGGCAGCUCUAGUGUUGGCCUUGGCUGCUGGCACCCUACCAUGAAUUUUGCCAUCUAGAAACUUCCGUCUUGCCUUAUUCCCCAGCCCUGGGUACCC